AUGGUGGAAUCGCCAGACGCACCGGCGUCCGAAUUGUGGAAGGCCCUCGAUCUCCCCACGGAGGUUCUGUCGCACCUGCAUCUUAGCCCCGUGCCAGAUCCUGCGGUAAACUCGUCCUUCAAACUGGGAACAGCGGCACAGACAGCGAUUGGAUUGUCAGGUCUCAGCGCCGCACACUUCCAUCAGCUGCGCACAGGCCUGAAACAGGAUGUAACGGUGGAUGCACGACAUGCCAUCCUAAGUUUCAAGAGCGAGGUGUACUACACCGUCGACGGGGAGCUCCCCGCGAACACUCUCCUUAACAACCUCUGGGGGCUGUACAAGACCAAGGACAACAGCUAUGUCCGUCUGCACACGAACUUCCCUCAUCACCAUCAAGGCAUUCUCGACAUCCUGCAAUGCGCACCCACAAAGGACGCCGUUGCUGCCGCGCUCUUACAGUGGAAUGCCAUCGAGUUCGAGACCACGGCCUCCGCACGCAAGAUGGUCGCCACCGCGCUCCGCUCGUUCAACGAGUGGGAUACGCAGCCGCAGGGCGCUGCACUCGAGAACACUCCGCCUGUGCAGCUGCUCAAGAUCGCAGAUGCCCCGCGGCGCGAGCUCCGAGGGAAUCCGAGCCGCCCGCUCGAUGGCAUCCGCGUGCUCGACCUCACGCGCGUCCUCGCGGGCCCAGUUUGUGGACGUACGCUCGCCGCACACGGCGCAGACGUCCUGCUCAUCACCUCGCCCAAUCUCCCUGCGCUCCCCUUCCUCGACGCCGACACUUCCCGCGGGAAGCGCACCACGCAGCUCGACUUGACGACCGUAGCUGGACGUGACGCGCUCGCGGGGCUUGCCAAGGACGCCGAUGUCUUCCUCCAGGGGUACCGCCCUGGCGGGCUGGCGGCCAAGGGCUUCGGGCCGGCAGACGUCGCGGCCGCGCGCCCAGGUGUCGUGUACGCGAGUUUGACGGCGUACGGCUGGGAGGGCCCGUGGGCCGAACGCCGUGGCUUUGACUCGCUCGUGCAGACCGCCUCAGGGUUCAACGUCGCGGAGGGCGAGGCCCACGCGGCGUUCAACGGAUCGCCGUUCGCACCGCGGCCACUCCCAAUGCAGGCGCUCGACCAUGCCGCAGGCUACUUGCUCGCUUUCGGGAUCAACGCGGCGCUCUGCAGGACCAUAACAGAAGGAGGCUCGUGGGAGGUGCGCGUGUCUCUGGCUGCUGUUGGACGGUGGAUACGCUCGCUUGGCCGACUUCAGCCUGCCGUCGCGUUCGGCGAAGGUGCACCGCUGCCUCCGCGCACGAUUCCGCAGGACCUUGAGAUUUUCAGGGCAUCCGCGUCGUUAGCGCAGAAGACGGGAGAUAAGAACUUACCUGAGCGUGUAAAGGCGAUAUCCGCGAUUCGCCAUGCUGCCGUGCUAUCGGAGACACCAGUCCGGGAGGAGGGGUCGCCAUUAUCCCUGGAUGCGGACCUUGCAAAGUGGCUUCCACAGGAGUGA